AUGAUACACGAAUGCUUGGAAUUUACGUCGCUCUUGUUGUAUGCAUGGAGAUCAGUCACUAUCGUGGACGACUUGUUAUCAUCCCCUUCGCAUCUUAAUCUCAAGCGGAAGGCACCACCCGAUGGCAAUGGCAAACAAUCAUCAGAUUCGCAAAUGGAUACCACAACGGAGUUAGAGGAGACAAACAAUCCAGUCCUCGCUGGAAUCGCCUCCGGCAUACCGAUUGGAACAGAUCUAGACGAAGCUGACGAUAUCACCGCGACAGCCCUCAUCAGUGAUUUUAAUAUGUUGCCAUUCUUCAGCUAG